UUUUUCUUUUUCUCUUCAAAAGCUUCACAAAAGAUCAUCACCUUAUAACUUUAGUUUGUUUAUACUUUAAGUUGACCCAGUAUUCCUCGAGCAUUUCCCAGCCAACUUUUAGAAUCACUGACGUGAAAGUACAGAAGACCCACCCUUUCAGUUAAAAACUUCACGGUCCAUUUUUCCUAUCUUAUUCGAAACAACAGAGGAAAUUCAAGACGGAAUUUUAAAAAGAAAAUCCUAUUGGUUCAGUCAUGAGUAGUGGGCUCCAAAAGACCUCGUUGGAUAACUUGGCGCAUAUUGCGAACAUUUCGCACGAGUUGCUGGUUCUAAACAGCCAGUUGAAGCAGGAUGAAAGUGCUUCUGCCGCUCCAAGCCGUCUCGAUGAAUCGAAAAACGAUAAUCCUAAUGUUUUAUUACUGAAAACAGGGAAACCAAAGAAGAUAAGUUGUAUCGAAUGUCGGCAGCAAAAGUCAAGAUGCGAUGCAUACGAAAGACACCCUAAUCCUUGUACCAGGUGUAGUAAGAAAAAUCUCAGGUGUGAUAUACGAUCCGACUAUAAACGUACUUAUAAAAGAGCAAGAAUAGCUCAAAUCGAAAAAGAAUUUUCUGAAUUGAAAAAGUCUCUUACUGCAUCCCAAGCGGCAGAGCUAAUGAGUAAAGUGCCAACGUUGCCAAAUAGUGGAUCGAUAAGUAAUGGGACUCAUACCUCGCUGCAGCUUUUGCAACAUUUACAAUCAUAUUAUCAAAGUCAAAAUGCUGACCCCAGCCAAACUCAAGGAAUUCUUCAAAGUCAGUCUCAGCCCCCAAAACUAUAUGACUCGAUCAAUGCAGGCCAAAUAGAUAGCCAAAAUCAACAGUCGUUUCCAACCUCUCAACAAGCGUCGCCGCCUCCAUUACAACAUCCACUUCCAAGGUCAAAGAAUCAAACUCUCCAUGAGACUAACCGUGCGGUAUCAUUGUCGCCUUUCAAUGGUGACUCUUCGAUACCAAUCACUCCCUCAAUACACAACUCAACGUCUGCACCACUCAGACCAGUGAAUAAAAGCCUGACACCCCCAUUGAUAAUUCAAGAACAGAACUUAGAAUGCGAAGAGAAAACUUUGGAUACUAUUACCUUAUCGCCAGCCACCAUUCGUUCGUUAUAUCUCGAAUAUGUUAACCGGUACCAUCCUAUUUUACCCGUGGUGGACGUCUCACGAGGACCCGAACGUAUUUUUAAACUUUGUCCUGCUUUGUUUUGGGUAAUAAUGUUUGUUGCCUUAAGAAGAUAUAGCGGUGAUACCAAUAAGAUACUUUUAUUGACCCUAUCACCUCUAAUCAAGGAUAUACUUUCGGAAAUCACCAUAUCUCCAAUCACUAGAUAUAAUCCAACCGAAGAAGAUGAACCAAUCAUCAAUGCAUGUUCUGUUUAUUCUGUCCAAGCGUUUUUAUUAUACACUUUUUGGCCACCGCUAACUUCAUCAUUGAGUGCUGAUUCCUCAUGGAAUACUAUAGGUGUAGCCUUAUUUCAAGCUAUACGUAUAGGGCUACAUUCUCCAAGUCUGUUAUCUGAUCAUAUUACUGGAGCCAAGACCCCACAACAGUUAUCAAUGGCUCAAGAACAAGCUAAGACCUGGAUUAUAUGCAACAUUGCAUCUCAAAGCAUUGCCACUUCAUUUGGAUUCCCAGCAUUUGUUCAAUUUGAUUCAUCAAUAUGGAGCGCUUGUAGACCAGCAAGUUCUGUGAGUAUUCCAAAGUCAAUACAGUAUAUGAUGGAAAUAGCACAUUUUGAAGAUCAAAUUACUAAAACAUUGAAUUCAAAUUCAAUGGAUCCUUAUGGGUUAAUUAACUCAAGUGAAAGAUUACCACUUUUAAAAGUUUUAUCUAGGCAAUUAGAUGAAUUAGAGGUCAAGUUAGUUGAUGAACUACCAGUAAAUGAUGGAUUCAGAAUAUUUCAACUAUUAACAGCAAGAGUCCACUUAUUUACUUAUUAUUUUAUGGAUAGUGAAAGAAUUGCUCAAUUUGAAUUAUCUAAAGGAUUGGUUUGCCUCUAUAAUUCCACAGUUGCGCUAAUUAACCAUGCACAAUUAUGUCAAGCGCGAGAUCCCUUUUUCGUCAAGUAUUUACCGGUGGUUUAUAUAUUAAAUAUCUGGCAAGCGUCUUGCAUUAUUGCAAAAUUGGCUCACUCGCCAUUGAAAAAUGUCAUUGACAUUGCAGCUGGGAAACAAAGUUACCAGGCUGCGAUUCUGUUGGCAGCCAAAGGAUCUAUCUUGAAACAUGAUAUUGCUUAUAGAGCCAGUGGUAUUAUGAGAAACAUGUGGCAAUUAUUCCGUACUUUGGAGGAAAAGAACUUGACAAGUUUGAAAAUCAAUAUUAGAUCGCGUAUGUCAGCAUCAGUAUUUUUUGAUUCAUUAUUUUUACUUCGAGAACAAGUGGGUAUGAUUAAAUUAAAUAGUCGUACCGACGAAAACCAAGCAAACCAAGCAAACGAUAAUCAAGAUGGAGACAAUUCAUUUGACGAUGACGAUGAUGAAGAUUUCGAUGAAGAAGCAGUUGUCUCAGAUAAUGACGAAGACGGGAAAAGGGGACUUGGUGAUAUAUCAAAAGACGAUAGUAAUAGAUCGACUCCUAGUGGGAGUAACGCAUCAUCGAAAACUAAAAGACAGAGGUCGUUAUCCAACACCGUUAAUGCGGAAUCCAAAGCUAGAAGAAUCAUUCGUACCAUCCCCUUGGAUCCUCAGCCGAUAUCUGCCCCUGGUAAAAGAAGUAACAUAUUCAAGAUUGUCAAUAAUAGCAGUGAUUCAUCACCAACAGUCAAACACGAAAACAACACCCCUCCCAAUAACGAUUCUCCAAUGUCCAAUUCAUCACAUAAAAUCGUCUCGAUGACUCCUACAAACUUACGGUCUUCGGAUAAACAACAUCACAACCAUAACACUGGCCAACCUCAUUUACCGUCGCAACAAUUGCCCAAUCGUGCUGCAGCUCCCACAAACAACAGCAAAUACUCGGACAGGAAUACGAAAAGCUCUGCGCCGCUUUCAAACUUUCCUCAAGGCUCCGAUUUUGGCAAUAAAGAACCUACCAAGAUGGCAAUUUCCGGUAACAGCAUAAACAGAUCCAACAACAAGGGCAACUUUCAAAACUUCUCCAACGAGCACAGAUCGGUCAACGAUAAUGAAAUGCUACCGGAAAUGAUUCUUCACGAGUCUCCAGGCCACGGGGGAUUGGAGAACUUGGAGUUUGAGCCGCUCGAUAUGAACAGUGAUCUUCUUUGGAAAGAUGUCGACAGUGUCAUGAACGACUUUGGAUUCCAUACCCAGUAGUAUAGCAAUACAGAGGCUUGUUGCAAAUGCAAACCAUCAACAUGUAGAAAUAGCUUGCACAGAAACAAGAAUAAACACAAACACCAUACCGUCAG